UACGUCGUCAAAACCUUUAAUUUCUCUGCUGCCUGCCUGGAGCAGAGGUCACUCCCAAAAUACGGUGUCAAAAAUAACAGGAGAAGACGGUCUGCAGACAUAGACUCUACCUCCCCCUUUGGCGUGUCUAUGGUGUAUAAGGGUCGAUUUCACGCACCGGCUGAUCCAUCUCGGAUCUCACGUGAUUUCAGCCAUGCCGGCGUCGGCGCGCAAUACCGGAAGGAGCAGGCGGGCCGCUGGCGGGCGACGGAAGGGAUGGCCGGGCCACGGCGCUGGAAGGACCCAGAGAGCGGCUGGAGACCUCGGCUGGGAGCAGGCGGGUAACGCGAUUCAGGCUGCUCGCACUCCCUCUCUCCUCGCCUUGGUUGUGCCCGUGUUUUCCGGCAGAGAAAGGUGCAGAGCAUGGAGAAUGAUGAACUUCCGUCAGAGGAUGGGAUGGAUUGGUGUGGGAUUAUACCUAAUAGCAAGUGCAGCAGCAUUUUAUUAUGUCUUUGAAAUCAAUGAGACUUACAACAGACUAGCACUGGAGCACAUUCAGCAGCCCCCUGAAAAACUCAGAGAAGAAACUACCUGGAUGCAGUCCUUAAAAACACGACUGCUGUCAGUACCCUUUUGGCUGUGGGCUGUUAUCUUUUUAAUCCCUUAUUUACAAAUGUUCUUGUUCCUUUAUUCCUGUACAAGAGCUGAUCCCAAAACAGUGGGCUAUUGUAUUAUUCCUAUUUGCUUGGCUGUUGUUUGCAACCGUCAUCAAACAUUUGCGAAGGCCUCUAACCAAAUCAGCAGACUGCAACUGAUUGACACUUAAAUCAAUCUGUAUUUUCCCAUGAGCGGUUUAGGAUAAUCUGAAGAAGCUUGGCUGCGUCAACUUGACAUAAGAAUGGAACAUGAAAUUCUUUUUGUCAACUACUGAAUAGAACACCCACCUUCUGUUUUUUGAACAAGUCGACUAAGUAUGGGUGUAUUCUGUUUGGUGGAAUAACUGAGCCUUCUGUGGGACUAGAGGAUGACAUUCUUCAUAUUUGCCUUAUAAUGCAGACUUUCUACACUCCUCCUGCAGUUUUGUGGAGAAACCUAUUUGAAAUCUUACUUCACUGUGCACUCUCCCAUAUUUUCAAGUUUCCCUGAGAAGGAGGAUCAGUGAAAAUGGACUUUUCCUUUGUUAUAAUAUGUAAAGUUUGGAAUUAUCAUAAAAGUGGCAUUUAAGA